UUUAUGUUUGUAUGCAACCUCGACAUUGUGUAUUUAAAUUCUUUAUAACUUAAUAAGUUUGUAAUAUUUUAAAUAGCAACACCGUACCACUGUACUAUAUAUUGUCGGCGAAUUUUAAUCUUCUUUUGGUGAAACUACUGGUCAAAGUUCUACAUAUUUCAAAAUGAGAACAAGGAGAAGUCGCUCAUUGCCGCGUAGCAGACGUACAGGAAGUAGUUCUACUAUCCGCACGAGACUUUUUAGCGAUGUCCUUAGAAAUGGUGGUAACAGAUUCACACUCUCAAAUUUUCCUAGACGUUCAGUUAGCACUCCAACAUCAGAAGGCCGAAAACCAAUUAUAGAAAGAGAAGAACCUAUACCACCAGUUAAACCAGAUUUGACUAUAGAAAAUGUGGAUUUGAAUAUAUCUAUUAACUCGAAGGAACAUCACACUAAUGAAUACAGCAUCAGCGAGGAAGGCAGAGGUCUGAUAGUGAGACGAGGGCAAACAUUCGAUAUUACUGUUGAAGUGAACAGGAAUUAUGAUAUAAAGAAAGAUGAUCUAAAGUUUGUUUUCCUUGCAGGGUAUAAUCCGUCACCAACAAAAGGGACACGUGUUAGUCUCAUUCUCUCAGAUAAGGAUGUAAAGAAAGAAUGGGGAGCAUGGAUCUUAAAGAACGAGAAGAAAAGGUUGUCAAUCAGGAUAAAUACCCCGCCUUCUUGUUAUGUUGGGAUAUGGAAGAUACAGAUUGAAACUGUAGUGAAAUCCGAUAACAAGACAAUAAUAUUUGACAUGUGUCACGAUCAAAAUAUCUACAUGCUAUUCAAUCCUUGGUGUAAAGACGACCAAGUUUACCUUCAUGAACAAGAUUUAUUAAACGAGUACAUCUUAAACGACAAGGGGAGAAUCUAUGUUGGAAACAUGAAGUCAAUGAAUGGAAGAAAGUGGAACUUUGGACAGUUUGAAAAAGAUAUUCUUGAUUGUGCCAUGUAUCUGCUAGACAGUAAUGUAGAACUCUGGUCUACUAGAGGAGAUCCAGUCAAAAUGGCAAGAAAAAUAUCAGCACUGGCAAACGGUUCAGACGAAUAUGGUGUUUUAGAGGGAAACUGGUCAGGUGACUACGAAGGUGGGAAGUCGCCAUUGCAUUGGGUUGGGAGUAUUGCAAUUUUACAAGAAUAUUAUAAAACUAAAAGGAGUGUAUAUUACGGACAAUGCUGGGUUUUCUCUGGAAUUACUACAACUCUUUGUAGAACUCUUGGUAUACCGGCAAGAAGUGUGACAAAUUUUGCAUCUGCACAUGAUUGUGAUGGUUCUAUUUCUAUUGACAAUCACUUUGAUUCGACAGGAGACUCAUUAGAAGAACUUAAUGAUGAUAGCGUUUGGAAUUUUCAUGUAUGGAACGAUGUAUGGAUGGCAAGGCCAGAUCUGCCAAAAGGCUAUGGCGGGUGGCAAGCUAUAGAUGCUACACCCCAAGAAGCCAGUGAUGGUAUAUAUCAAUGUGGACCUGCUCCAUUAGCAGCCAUUAAAACCGGAGAGGUCUACCUUCCUUUUGAUACACCAUUUGUCUUCGCGGAGGUGAAUGCAGACAAAGUCUUCUGGCAAAUGACUGAAACUGGUGAUCUAAAAAAUAUUGGACUCCAAAAACACAGCAUAGGAAAACAUAUAAGUACACAUUUACCAACCGGGAAACCAAUGGGAAAUUGGGAAAAUUUCUGUUAUGAUAGAUAUCGCGAGGAUGUGACUAAUCAGUACAAACACCCAGAAGGUUCGAAUGAAGAAAGAACAGCAGUCAUGAGAGCCAAUCAAGAGUCUAGUAGAAAAGGUAUCUACCAUGAAGGCAAACCUAUGGAUGUACAGUUUGAAUUGCUGGAGAAAGAAACAGCUCCAUACGGAAAAGAUUUUGAAAUUAUUCUAAAGAUAAGCAAUAACAGCAGUGAGAUCCGGACACUGUCUGGUUCAAUAUGUACAAGUAGUAUGUACUAUACUGGAGUUCCAGCCAAAAGAGUGAAGAAUUUAGCUAUUGGCAAUGAGAAAAUAGCAGCAAAUAAAAGUAAGGAAUUGAGCCUCAAGGUGACAUUUGAUGAAUACUAUAGCAAGCUGGUUGACCAGUGCCAUAUGAAGAUGUCAUGUAUGUGUACAAUCCUCGAAACUGAACACUCAUACGUCGAUCAAGAUACCUUUCGCCUGAUUAAACCAGAACUUAAGAUCAAGGCACCAGCUACUGGAAAGGUUGGCGAGAAGAUAAAAGCAGAAGUCUCGUUCACAAAUCCACUUCCAUGUGCAUUGACUAGUUGCGAAUUAACAGUUGAGGGUACUGGCUUAACGGAAAACCAAGUUAUACCUCAAAGCAUUGUACCAAGCGAUCAAACAUUUAUGACAACAGUCGAAAUUUUACCCACAAAAGCUGGAAUAAGAGAGUUGAUCGUCUCCUUCAACUCGAAAGAGUUGGAAAUGGUUGAUGGAUCCUGUGAAAUAAAGAUAAGCGAAUAAAUCCCACAUUAAAUUAUCUGACAUUAGUGCAAACUGAUAUGUUCCUUCUGUAAUAGAUUUUAUAAUACUAUAAAUUACGUUUUGUUUUAUACAACUUGUUUUGAGAUUUUAUCCUUACAUAUAAAGGGUAAAACCGACUAAGAGCUACAGAUAUUUUAGUUGCAUGUAUGUCCAACUAUAUAUAAUUUUGCUUUGAGAAUCACAUCUUGAUAAAUGUUAACAUUGCUUUAUGGGCAGCAAAUAAAAACAGUUAUUAUAGACAUAACCAUUACAUUGUCUCUAUAAUAUAUUUAAUUUUUUUAAAUACAUAAAUAUAUAUUAUCUA